CGCUGAGUCGCAUACAGUUGGACGACAGAAACACUCGCGUUUUUAAGGAGGGUUUAUUUACUAACUUUCAGCACCACGCCCCGGCGGCGGAGUCAGUUUAGAGCUGACGUCGGCGAAAUGAAAUCGGCUUGCUGCAUUUUCCCUCACAGAAUGGAAGUAGUCGUGGAGGUGAUACGGACUAAACUCGCUUGACUCGCCAGGAUAUUGAACCCGUUUUCCCUUUUCUCUGAGUAUAAGACAACCUUUACAACGAAGCCAAUCUCUGUGGCUGCUCAUCUUAUAUUGCACCCGUAUGGACGAUGAGGAGGAUGAUGUGUUUGAGCCAGACCCCCACUGCUGGCGCACCACAUUCAGGGAGAUAAAGUGUGAAGACCGGGGAACACAGACACCUGGCCCUGCCCUGGCAUUGAACAACGGCAUGCUGCCCUGUGGAGUCGCAGAGGAGCCCAGACCACUCUUCUACGGCAACGCAGGUUUUCGAUUGCACUUCCCGGCACACUUUGAGCUUGUUGGGGAUCAGGAAGCGAGGGGACAAGAAAGUGAAGGGGAGCAAAACGGGAUGGAGCAGCUUCCCCACCAGCAACCUGUGGCCCGCAGUGUGGAGGCCUGCAUUGGCCAGAAACUCCAGCUGAUAGGAGACCAGUUUCACCGGGAACACCUACAACUGUGUGCUGUGGAGGCAACUGGCAUGAAGGAUGCCUGGCCUCAAUCAACACAUUACACUAUGGUCAGGGUGACACUGUCCUCUAAGUCCGUGUGCUGCAUAAAGUUGCUUUGCUGUGGGGGUGUUGUAUGACCGUGAGACACUGUUGUUCCAUUGGCUGUUACAUCAAAAAUAUACACAAACCCUCAGGAGAUUUUCUGCAGAGUCUCUUGUUGCACAAGUGGUUAACAGUCUAACACCUAUUUAUUCACACGUGCACUUUUAAACACACACAGCCACACAUACCGAUAUGUCCAGGAAAAAGCAGAAGUGGCGGGAGAAGGUAAACAUGUUGUAACCCGAAGCUCAGCGCGUGAGCCCCCAGGGGGACAGCUGUGUUUCCAGGGAGUCACCAGUCAGCCCCUUCCCGCAGCAAGGAGCGGCCACAGGAGACAUCCAAAUAAGAGGUCUACGCCGCCCUAGAGAGGGGGGUUGGGAUCCAUAAUGAUACACAUAUACAGUAAGCAUUAAUAUGAGGGAAAGAGGUUUGAAAAUGAACCUCAAAUGAUCAAGUUACAACUUCAGUUGUCUUUUGGGAAAUGGUACCUCCCUGCACAUAAUAUAAUUCUUUUUUUUUUACUUCAUACUCUGAAGUGCAAGACAGUUUCUGACUUUCUCAUGCGCUUAUGAAGUUAUUUAUACCCCUGCAGCUCAGCAUGACUCAUGUAUUGUGACACUGGCAAACACAGACAAUCAGACAGGAGGGUUUUUGUGAUGUGUGUGCGGCUGGGAUCUACUGACGCACGACGGUGGCUGGCCUGGGUCAGGGGAUGAGGAAGUGGCUUGUGCUCCUUUUGCUGGUUGAGUAAACAGCAGAGAGGACAGUCAGAGUGAGAAUGGCCCUGUGAAGUCAUAUCCUGAAGCUACAAGCGACAGUACACAUAUACACUGAUAUUAUGAUAGUGAAUAUAAUAUUAAUAUUUUGGCCUCAUGAAGAGUAAGGGGACUUUAAACGCUAACUUGUAUUGAGACCAGUGUAACUACUGUUAACAUGUGGAGCAUACAUACGUUUCUGCCAGUGUGUAUGAGUGAUCAGGAUCUGUGCGACUGGCUGUUGCUGAGGGAUGUUUUUACAACCAAAACACGGAUGUGCGUUUUUGGAUGUGUGAUUCCACUGCAGCCUCUGUAAUUGCUAUUUCAGGCACUGGUUGUGCAAUUAAUUGCAUUGUGCGUGCGCGUGUACAUGCUCAUGCUUGAAUACACCCAUACUUGUUUUUCUGCAUGUUAGUAUCUCUCACUUCUCACUAUCACACGGUCUGACAGUCAGUACAAAAACUCUCACUCCAUAAUAGUGUUACUGUGUGUCAGGUCUCAUUCCUGUGUGCUCCUGUCAGUAGGUGAUUGCAAUUAUUCAGUGCAGACACUUGUCCCUAAGCCAUUCAAGUGCCUUUGACUGCCAUCUUCCUGAUGGAUUUGGGAGUAAUGUGGCUGUGAGCAUUCUCCAUGGGAGCCUGUGGCCCCUGGCGAAAGGAGGGAUUAGAUAGCGAAGGAGUGCUGGUGGAUGCUGACAGAUAAAUUGCUCCUCAGUCAGAGAGGGCUGGAGGGAACACUGAGGUCCCCAGAGGUUGGCUGACAUUAGCCGGCCCGCCAUUUGAGACAAGGCAAUAAUGACAGUCACAAUGGCAGGAAGACUGCUCCAGCCUGCACAGGGCAAUGAGCAGAGUUAGGUUUCAUCCCUAUGUUUUUUUAAGAGAGACGACUCCUGCUGCUCUCGUAGAAGGUGUUGAAAGCUGUGUGUGUGUGUGUGUGUGUGUGUGUGUGUGUGUCUUUAUAUCUCUUUAUCUCUUUACUGUUCCAGUGAGCGCACGGCAGUCUCUCCUUUCAGCACUUGUAGAGUGGGGAGGAGUGGAGUUGCACUGGAAAUAAAAACAUAUUAAGCUUUGGAUAUUUACUUUUCAUUCAUUGUUCUGUGAUGAUGUUUGUUCACGAUGUUUGUGAUGUCCAUUUGUGCCACUCUAUUAUUCGAUAAAAAAAUUAACUUUUCCGUGGCUCCUUGUCUCCUCCCUGAUGUGACUAAUCCAGAGUUUCUUGCCAUUGAGGCUGGCCUGUUUGCUCAAGAGAUAAGGCAGAGCUUCUGAGCAGCUGGCUUGACAGACAGCCCGCAUGGGACACUGAUAAAGCACAUCAGGCUAGUGUCACAGUGACGAAACCAAGCAUCUGGCUAGACUCUGCAGCUCUAUCACUGGCUAAAUUUAGAGCCCGAGUCUCAUUUUGACAGUUGGUGGCGUGACUCAUGAAGUUGCGACAGGCCUGAGCACACCUCUUUUUCUCAUUCUCCCUCUCUCUUUUUCUGUUUGGCUCGGUGUCUCUCUCAGCUUGAUAGAGUGGAGGGCAAAAGGUCACUGCCACAGGAUCAUUCUGUUUCUGUUUAUAAAGAUUAAUUGCUUCUCAUGUAGCUUGUAGUAAAUACACAAGCUUUGUAGUGUAAUAAAUCUCUCAUUUGAUUUUUUUUUACUAUGUAUCUAAUGUUGAAACUCUAAGCACCAUUACCUAUUACACAUUAUUGACAUACUAUAUGUACAUUUGCGGCCAUUCUGUCUUCCUCUUCUCUGAUCCCAGAGUUGUAACUGACUGCAGUCUUUCAUUUAAUUUAGUUUAAAAUUUAAAAACUUAAGGCAUGUCAAGUCAAGCCAUUCUGGCUGCCAGCUUAUCCACUCUGUGCUGCAUAUAAAUAAUGCCUAUGUGUAUAUGAAGCAAAAUUAUGCUAUUAUUAUUAUGACCUUAUCAAAAUACCCCAGGUAAGAUGAUAUGUCAUACAACAGAGAACUAGUUUUAUCAAGACUCCCAGCAGUCUUUGCCAUGAUUAAGCGAGUAAAAAUAAGCGAGUAGUAAGAAACAAUACAAUACACUUGCUGGUUGGAACCUGGCAAAGCUUAUGUAACAUCCUGCAAUGUUCACCACAAAUUGAUAAGAGUAAAGAAACCCAGAGGCUUAUCACAAUUGCAGUUCUUGGCUGCUAACUAGGUCAAUGUUUGACACCACCAUAAGAGUCAUGUAAAUAUGGCAUAUCUAAUCCCUGCCUUUAGAUAUUUUGGCUUUCGUAAACAAUAGCAGAAUAUUGCCAAGAACAAGGUAGUACACUUUGGUGCAUUGUCAUGUCCCUCAGUUUACAACCCUUAUGAUCUGAAAAUAGCCAAAGCAUUAUCAGGCGUUGUGGAGUCUGCCUUUCGUCUGCAGAUGAGCUGUGAGGCUACUGUACCUUUCUCAUGCAGAUACGUGUUUUCCAGAGAGCUCCCUGCCUCUCAUCAAGAGCUCCCUAAUCCCAUUCGGUGCAAUUAUCUUAUCUCAGCUUCUCAAUGGCAGAGAUAGCAUUAUCCCCUUAAUCGCACACAAUCCAGUUGGCUCGCAAACCCGAAAGAGUCGUCCUGAGCCACUGGCUGCUGGUCUCUGCCAGGAAGAUUAGAAAAAGUGUGACUGUAUGAUGAAUAUGUUUAUGCUUUAGAAUGUCUGUUGGGAAGCCUGGAUUGUGUAGGGAUCUCACACACAAAGGGAGGCCUCUCUAAUAAGUAUUGUUGGGCACAGAAGCAGAAUGUUGUGAAAAUAUCAGUGUCGUUCUGGUGUCUAGUUUUGUCUUACCCUUUUCUCAGUUGAUCCUUUUCACUUUGUUCACUGUCAAUAGGCACACACCACAGGCAAAACACACUUAAGCUGACACUGAAAACCCAAACUAGUGACUAUUUCUAGUACUUUAUUUUGUUGAGUUUCGGUAGAGUGCACUAACUUUGGUAUGUUUUGUCUUCAU